UGGCCCCAGACGCGAGUUCCGGCGAGGCUUCAGGGUGCAGCUCCCCCGCAGCCAGAAGCCGGGCCUGCAGCGCCUCAGCACCGCUCCGGGACACCCCACCCGCUUCCCAGGCGUGACCUGUCAACAGGUCUGUAUUGGCGACAAAAGGAGCAGCCCUGAAUAUAGGGAAAGCAGGGCGGAGUCCUCUGCAGGCUCGGGGGAGGGGAGGGGCGUGAAUGCGUGGAUUUCUGUGGCGAGUGGAAACACAGGGAGUCGAGGGGAGCAUGCGCGGGCCUCAGAAAGUUCUGGGAAACCGACUCCCGGGAGCAGGGAGGAACGCGCGCUCCAGAGACAACUUCGCGGUGUGGUGAACUCUCUGAGGAAAAACCAUUUUGAUUAUUACUCUCAGACGUGCGUGGAAACAAGUGACUGAGACCUAGAAAUCCAAGCGUUGGAGGUCCUGAGGCCAGCCUAAGUCGCUUCAAAAUGGAACGAAGGCGUUUGCGGGGUUCCAUUCAGAGCCGAUACAUGAGCAUGAGUGUGUGGACAAGCCCACGGAGACUUGUGGAGCUGGCAGGGCAGAGCCUGCUGGAGGAUGAGGCCCUGGCCAUUGCCGCCCUGGAGUUGCUGCCGAGGGAGCUCUUCCCGCCACUCUUCAUGGCAGCCUUUGACGGGAGACACAGCCAGACCCUGAAGGCAAUGGUGCAGGCCUGGCCCUUCACCUGCCUCCCUCUGGGAGCGCUGAUGAAGGGACAACAUCUUGACCUGGAGACCUUCAAAGCUGUGCUUGAUGGACUUGAUGUGCUCCUUGCCCAGGAGGUUCGCCCCAGGAGGUGGAAACUUCAAGUGCUGGAUUUACGGAAGAACUCUCGUCAGGACUUCUGGACUGUAUGGUCUGGAAACAGGGCCAGUCUAUACUCAUUUCCAGAGCCAGAAGCAGCUCAGCCCAUGACAAAGAAGCGAAAAGUAGAUGGUUUGAGCACAGAGGCAGAGCAGCCCUUCAUUCCAGUAGAGGUGCUCGUAGACCUGUUCCUCAAGGAAGGUGCCUGUGAUGAAUUGUUCUCCUACCUCGUUGAGAAAGUGAAGCAAAAGAAAAAUGUACUACGCCUGUGCUGUAAGAAGCUGAAGAUUUUUGCAAUGCCCAUGCAGGAUAUCAAGAUGAUCCUGAAAAUGGUGCAGCUGGACUCUAUUGAAGAUUUGGAAGUGACUUGUACCUGGAAGCUACCCACCUUGGCGAAAUUUUCUCCUUACCUGGGCCAGAUGAUUAAUCUGCGUAGACUCCUCGUCUCCCACAUCCAUGCGUCUUCCUACAUUUCCCCGGAGAAGGAAGAGCAGUAUAUCGCCCAGUUCACCUCUCAGUUCCUCAGUCUGCAGUGCCUGCAGGCUCUCUAUAUGGACUCUUUAUUUUUCCUUAGAGGCCGCCUGGAUCAGUUGCUCAGGCACAUGGUGAACCCCUUGGAAACCCUCUCAAUAACCAACUGCCGGCUUUCGGAAGGGGAUGUGAUGCAUCUGUCCCAGAGUCCCAGCGUCAGUCAGCUAAGUGUCCUGAGUCUAAGUGGGGUCAUGCUGACCGAUGUAAGUCCCGAGCCCCUCCAAGCUCUGCUGGAGAGAGCCUCUGCCACCCUCCAGGACCUGGUCUUUGAUGAGUGUAGGAUCACGGAUGAUCAGCUCCUUGCCCUCCUGCCUUCCCUGAGCCACUGCUCCCAGCUUAAGACCUUAAGCUUCUACGGGAAUUCCAUCUCCAUAUCUGCCCUGCAGAGUCUCCUGCAGCACCUCAUUGGGCUGAGAAAUCUGACCCACGUGCUGUAUCCUGUCCCCCUGGAGAGUUAUGAGUACGUCCAUGGUACCUUCCACCUGGAAAGGCUUGCCUAUCUGCAUGCCAGGCUCAGGGAGUUGCUGUGUGAGUUGGGGCGGCCCAGCAUGGUCUGGCUUAGUGCCAACCCCUGUCCUCACUGUGGGGACAGAAGCUUCUAUGACCCGGAGCCCAUCCUGUGCCCCUGUUUCAUGCGUAACUAGCUGGGUGCACAUAUCAAAUGCUUCAUUCUGCAUACUUGGACACUAAAGCCAGGAUGUGCAUGCAUCUUGAAGCAACAAAGCAGCCACAGUUUCAGACAGAUGUUCAGUGUGAGUGAGGAAAAAAUGUUCAGUGAGGAAAAAACAUUCAGACAAAUGUUCAGUGAGGAAAAAAAGGGGAAGUUGGGGGUAGGCAGAUGUUGACUUGAGGAGUUAAUGUGAUCUUUGGGGAGAUACAUCUUAUAGAGUUAGAAAUAGAAUCUGAAUUUCUAAAGGGAGAUUCUGGCUUGGGAAGUACAUGUAGGAGUUAAUCCCUGUGUAGACUGUUGUAAAGAAACUGUUGAAAAUAAAGAGAAGCAAUGUGAA